AUGGAGUCACCAAAGAUUAAAUUUCUUUUUCCAAGCGGCGACGACGAGGACGCCUUCGAGGGCGCCGCGAAGGGCGGCCCGGGCUUGCCCGAGCGCGAGGGCAAGCUGAAGGCGGGCGGCCUGGGCAAGAAGGCCAAGGAGCAGCGCUCGCUGCGCCUCAGCAUCAACGCGCGGGAGCGGCGGCGGAUGCACGACCUCAACGACGCCCUGGACGGGCUGCGCUCCGUCAUCCCCUACGCGCACAGCCCCUCGGUGCGGAAACUCUCCAAAAUCGCCACGCUGCUCCUGGCCAAGAACUACAUCCUCAUGCAGGCGCAGGCCCUCGAGGAGAUGCGGCGCCUCGUGGCCUACCUGAACCAGGGCCAGGCGCUGAGCGCCCCGCUGCCCGCCACGCUCAACCCCUUCGCCCAGGCGGCCGUGUACCCGUUCGGCGGCUCCGCCGUGCCCGCCUGCCCCGAGAAAUGCACUGCCUUCACCGGAGCCGCCUCGGCGCUCUGCAAACACUGCAGCGACAAGCCUUGACUCCCGGCCACUUCCCCUGCGGGGGCUAUUUUUCUUUUCUCCAUUUGUCUGUCUGUUUUCUGCGCGCUUUUCUUCCCACUGCCAUCAGCCCCGGCUUCCUACCGUCAGUUAAGUCUGGGU